AUGCACAUGGAAGGCUCACCAGCAGCUACUACUGGCGGACUGGCUGGCAUGCCUACCUGCCAAAACUGCGGCACCUCACGGACUCCGUUAUGGCGUCGCGACGAGUUUGGCUCUGUCCUCUGCAACGCCUGUGGUCUCUUUCUCAAGCUGCAUGGCCGCCCACGACCAGCGUCUUUGAAGACCGAUAUAAUCAAGAGCCGCAACCGAGUCAAGACUAUGCGGCCUGAUCUGGUAUCAAAGAAGAAGCACGCCCAAGGUUUCGGAAUGGUUGGUGAUACGAACGGUGCUCAGCAUACCGCAGCUCAAGCGGCGGAGGCUAUGCGCCGCUCUAAAGUUAACGGAACCGACGGACUCGACUCGGCAAUAUCUCGAAAUGGCACUACCUCGAUGUACAACAGCGCCCUCUCCUCCUUUAUGGUGGACGAUGCGACAUACCAGCAGGCGGUGUCUGGCUUCAAUGGCGAUACCCAGAAUGGAGACCGCGGCUCCGACGGACCUCAGUCACAAGAGCAGCUCAUCGCGCACAACUCGAGCCUCAAGACGCGCGUCAGCGAACUCGAAGUCAUCAACGAGCUCUUCCGCGGCAGGCUUAGCCAGCUGGAACAACAAGAGGCCGCUGCCAGACAUGGACAGGUGCUGGCCGGAGCCGAGCAAAGUCAACUUCGAACGCAACUGGAGACGGCACAGGCAAACGAGACGCAACUUCGUGAUCAACUGGAAGAGAGUCAUAGAAGAGAAAACAUUCUGAAGCGUCGCCUGGAUGAACUGGAGCUGGAGCUUACAGCAGCUAAAGAAGCGGCAGGUGAAGAGCCAGAGCGCCCAGCCAAGAAGCUUCGUACAGAACCUACAAGUGAAGCUGAAGAUGAUGCUGCGACCAAGACUGCGGACAAGUCUGCGGAAGAGCCUACUGUAAAACCCGACGAGCCAGCAACUGAAGAGCGUGUUGCCGCGCCUGAAGCUGUCGAGGCGUCCGCAUGA